AUGCUCGACACCGGAAACUUCGUGCUUGCCUCCAACACUUCAGCCAUCCUAUGGCAGAGUUUUGAUUCCCCCACUGACACAUUAUUACCAACUCAAGUACUAAACCGAGAAGGCGCUCUAUAUUCUAGCAUCUCGGCAACCAAUUUCUCGACAGGGAGAUUCUUAUUUACGUUGAAGGCCGACGGUGAUCUGGUUCUCACCAUCCAAUCAUACCCAUUGGACCUAAACGGAAAUACCUAUUGGUCAUCGAAUACUAUUGAAACCGGCUUCCGGUUGAUCUUCAAUGAUUCCGGCAGCAUCGACCUCAUCCGGCCGAACAGAACCCUACUCCGACCACUCUUCGACAGCGGGCCUCUGGCCGGGAAGUUUUACCAGAGACUGGUGCUAGAACACGACGGGGUCCUCCGCCAUUAUGAGUAUCUCAAGUCUUCUAAUUCUUCGUGGUCUAUACGUGAUUUUAAGCCUUCCAACAUAUGUCGUGCUGUUUUAGAAAAACAUACGGGCGGAGGGGCUUGCGGUUUCAACAGCUACUGCUCAAUAAAAGCUGACGGACGACCGAGCUGCGGCUGCCCCACGGGUUACAAACCGAGGAGCGGCCUAACUGGUUGCGCGCCUGAUUUCGCGCAACACAGAUGCGACGAUGAUGUGCGGGAUGCACAGAGUUUCAUAUUCGACGAGAUGUACAACAUAGAUUGGCCUGUCGUGGAUUAUGUGAAUUUGAGGAACAUCGACGAGGCAUCGUGUCGCCAAUCCUGCCUUUCCGAUUGCUUCUGUGCUGCUGCAAUAGUUUAUAAUGGAAAUUGUUUUAAGAAGUCACUGCCCUUCACCAAUGGGAGGCUGGAUCCUGGCUUUGAUGGAAAGGCCUUGAUAAAGGUCAGGAUAAACAACACUUUCACUUCGAAUCCCAACAUCACUGCCACCGGCCGAGAGAGUAGUAAGAGUAGCUCCACUGCUCUCACUGUAACACUGUCGGCCUUGUUAGGCUGUUCGGUGUUAUUGUUUCUUCUUUCGAGUUUCUUUAUCGUUUUCUACUUGAGACGUACAAAAUCAAUAAUGGAACAGAGGAGCCAUGUACAACCUGCUGGAGUGAGCACGAUAAGUAGCUUCAGCUUCAAAGAGAUAGAAGAGGCAACCAAUGGAUUCAGUGAAGAAUUGGGCAGGGGUGCUUGCUCCAUAGUCUACAGAGGUACUCUAAAAAAUGAUGGGAAGGUUGUUGCUGUCAAGAAGCUGCACAAGAUCUUCGAGCAAGCGGAUGAUGAGUUCAAAGCUGAAGUAAGCUCAAUUAGCAGAACCAACCAUAAGAACCUUGUGCAGCUGCUUGGGUAUUGCGAUGAAGGCCAGAACAGAAUUUUGGUAUACGAGUUCAUGACUAAUGGCUCUCUAGCCACUUUCCUCUUCCAAAAAUCACCACGUCCUAACUGGUAUACAAGAGUGCAGAUUGCAUUUGCAAUAGCAAGAGGGAUUUGCUAUCUGCACGAAGACUGCAGCGUGCCCAUCAUACACUGCGACAUCAAGCCUCAGAACGUGCUUCUAGACAAGUCUUUCGCCCCAAAAAUAGCAGAUUUUGGGCUAGCAAAGCUUCUCAAAGCUGAUCAGACUAGAACCAUGACCGGAAUAAGGGGGACAAAAGGAUAUGUGGCUCCGGAAUGGUUCAGGAACAUGCCCAUAACAGUCAAAGUGGAUGUGUACAGCUUCGGAAUCAUGCUGCUUGAGCUGAUGUGUUGCAGAAGGAGUUAUGAAGCAGAUGUGGAAGACGAGGGAGAAGCUGUUCUUGCUGACUGGGCCUAUGAUUGUUACCAUCAAGGGGCAUUAGAUUUGCUGGUGGCGGGCGAUGAGGAGGCGAAGAGCGACAUGAAAACGUUGGAGAUAUAUGUGAAGACAGCCAUAUGGUGCAUUCAAGAAGAUCCAACAUUGAGGCCUCACAUGAAUAUAGUAAUGCAUAUGCUUCAAGGAUCGAUGCAAGUCCCAACUGCCCCAGAUCCUGCUGCAUUUGUACACUAA